AUGGCUACAUUGUCUGCGUCCAAGAAACUCUUUAUUCCGCAGAUCCCAUCCAAAAACAUCUCACUGGCCCUUCCUGGAAUCACCAAGCUGGCCAGGGAGACUGUCGCCGAACUGCUACAGGAGAAUCACAACAAGCAUCACUGCUUCUUCAACGAAAAGGGUUUCCACAAUCACCUGGUCCACGCCGUUCUUGCCAGCUACUCCCUUGGGGCAAAUCCCGAACGACUGCGAGCCAUUUACAAGAGCCAUGCGGUGGAACAACGCCCCAUUGGUUUCAUUAAAAAGAAUUUCACAGCUUUUGAUUGGAAAUCCGAGGUUGGCAACCAAGAAUUCUACGCCUCCUAUUUGGAGUUCUUCCGUCAAGAGGUUCCAAAACUCGGUCGCGUGGAGGCCGUCGUCAAGUAUGCCUUUGAUACCGACGUGAUUGGUAGGACUUUCUCUGGUGCCUUCCAUCCGCUCAUCCAUCUCGGUUAUGGUAUUGAUUUCGGAAUUGACGCCAUCGUCGCAGAAGGCCUGGCGAUGAUGGCAGUCACUUCUAAGAUGAUGUCUCCGUUCGUUGUUGCGCCUGCUACUAAGGUCGAGAAGGUGGCGACCAAGAUAGCGUCCCAACUGUCGAUUUCCGAGCCCUCUUCUGCAAAGACGAUUGUGGAUAUUUUGACUGCUAUUCGGGAAGAUCGCGAACUGGACGACGUCACUUUCUAUCCUGAGGUCAAUAAGUCCAUGGAUGUUGCUAAGAGCAAAGUGGCAGCUUCAAAGGUCCAGAAACUCCUCUCGGAAUGGAAGGUUGAAGAAACCAUCCAAGACAUCGAUCUCAAGGCAAAGGAGUCAUACAAGGCAUGUCUUUUGGCCGUCGGUGGCACCGGACUCCACAAUGGAAAAGUGAAGCAAGAUUUUUUCUUGAUGCAUGCUUUGACCUCGGUUCAAUUUGUGCACAAACUUGCCCAUGCACUCCCCCCAGCAUAUGCCGUCUCGUGUUUGAAGUCGCACCUUGGUGCGAGCCUCGCUUAUUAUAUUUCGCGCGGGCGCCCUCAGGUCGAUGUCGAUGCUUUGCUAAACUACCGUGGAAAGCAGAUUCUGGACCCGUCCAAUCCUUGGCUGUCAAUUAUCAAACACGCCAUUGAGAUUGAUGAAGUCCAUGUCACCAAAGUCGCACGUGCGUGUGCCCUCGGCGACCUUCUUUUCGGUGCUGAGGAGUCGUUUUCGCAGUUGCUGUUGCAUACUGCGCAGAUGUCAUUGGACUUGAAAGGCGACUGGGAGUUUGAGGGUGUAGGAUGGCCUCAGACUUGGAAAUAA